AUGCCUGAUGAACUUCGCCCUCGUGCCCUGUGGAUUUUGAAUAAGUUGUCCGGGGACCUUCAGGGGGCGCGCAUGUGGCCCGUGAAACUGGCGCACUUGAAGCACCAGGAGGCAUUGAGCAAAAGCUUCCAGGGGCAUGCGGAUGAGCUGGAACGUUCAUUCAUCCAGCUCACACGCAUGACUGUGAACAAGGAAAUUGAUCCUUCGGAGGUGGACCAGUUGACCGCAGCUACCACGCUGGCACUCCAGCGCAUGCAGCUCUACCAGGAGGAUGCUGGUGAGGCCAAUACUCUGACGAAGCCAACGCGUUCGUCGGGGUCAAAGGAGCAGCCAUCCAAGCGACCUCGAUUGACACCGCAUGAGGAACCACAUAUCUUGGCUGCAAAAGCAAGGGGAGCCCCUCCCAAACAACUUCCAGAAUUUCAAGACCUUUUGGUGGAUGAUUUCGCAUCUGGCAAAGCCAGCGCGACCAGAGCAUGGUGGACCCAACAGUACUUCAUGACUGGUCAUCCGAUGGCUAUGAAGACUAGGAUGAACUAUCCCGUGCUUUCGAGCAAAGGCAUUCCAUCCAAAGUUGUGACUUUUUGGAUUGCUAACUGCUGUGUGGAGUUUGCUUCGCGUCAACGGGCCACAGACUUGGAUCGCAUGGUGUCUACUUGCCUACAUGCAUACGCGAGCGCUCUGCGAAAGAUGGACACAACAGGUCUUGUCUUGACGGAGGAGGAGGCCGAGUCAUAUUACCAAUCAGUGAAUCUACACCUUCUUAGCUAUGCUGCUCUUCACACCAAGAGCAGAAAUGCCAGGGGGAGAGAUCCCGGCCGCACAAUGUGGUACUUGCUUACAAAGCAUCAUCACUACUACCAUCACGCGAAGGUGACAAGGCGUGAGCGGAUCAACCCGCGUAUGUCUCAAUUGUUGGCUGCGGAGGACUGGGUGGGGCGACUAGGUCGCAUCGCAAGGGCAACCCACAAAGGGAAUGUGUCGCGAAGGACUUUGGAAAGGUAUCUAUGUUUGGUACACCUAGAGUUGAACAAGCUGUGA